CAAAAAUGGCUGUGGAGAAACAGUUAUGAAGAUGUGUCGAUCUACUCACCUAAUUAAUGUGGCGCAUGCCCCAAAUUAACCAAGAGUCCUCUAAUCGAGCUGGAGGACAUUCCUGGAAGCCUGUUCUCUUUGGAUGUUCACCUAGAAGUGACAAGCACAGAGUGAUUGUUCAUCAUGUCAGGGUGCUGUUGGAAACGCUGUAUGGUUGUGAGCAGAGGGCUGUGGAAGGAGAAGAGGAGGAUUGUGGCCCGUCUUGGGACAGAAACGCUGAAGAUUCUUUGGGAUCUUCAGUGACAGUGUGGCAGACAUGAAAACCCAAGAGCACCGCUCCAGCCCUCUGAAAUCACACACACAGAGUGAUGCACGGCCCCACUCCCAAAUUAAGGGUCUCCAGUUUCGCAGCAUUGCACCCAAAGCCCCAGCAGUGGUUCCAUCAUCUGCAGUUCUGUCCUGCCAACCUCCCUCAGCCCUUCCAGAAGCAUCCACGGCUGUCAGCCCUAAAUCCAUCCUGGUCCCUGCCCAGAACUAUGCACUCAUGCAGGUGGCUGGACAAGAGGGAACCUUCUCAUUGGUGGCCUUACCUCAGACACAACAGCAACAGCCAAUCCAGAAGAACCUUAAGCUGCCUAUUCCUAGAUACCAACCGGUGAGAAGCAAGAGCGCUACAGAAAAAGGCAGUAGCAAGUUGCUGAGUCCAGCCAAGGUUUCUGCAACCACUCAAGCUCAAUCAUCUGCUGUGAAAUCAGAACAGAGUUCAGACCCAGUAUCUGAGCAGCUUAUAAUAGACACUCCUACUUCGUCUGAAAUCAACAUUGCACCAUUGUUCCCUGGUGCACAGACGGAUCGAAAAAUGGAACAAAAGAGCGAUACCCGUCCACUCAAAAACCAGCACUACCCUUCUGGAACCUCCCUUGUUGCCCCUGUCAAAAAAAUCUCACCAGUUAAAACCCAAAUAGAGGGUUCAGCCUCGGCGGGCAGUGCCAUCACAGUUCUCUCUCCCACUAUCUUUAGCAAAGCUGUUCAGAUCAUUCCAUCUCCACCCAAGGGCAAGCUGCCCAUCCUGCCCUAUGCCAAGGUGAAGAACUCCCUCCUGGUACCAACCAGCCUUGCCAGCACCCCAUUCUCAGACAAGCAGACUGUGAGUGGAGCCAAAAGCAGCCUGAAAAGCCCUCCAGACAACAACAUCAAGUCCGUAGACAGCCAAGUUAAGAGUGAAAGCCUGAGCCAAGACCACAACAACACCCAGUUCAAGAAAACUCCAGGCAAAAAACGUGGGAGGAAGAGGAAAACCAUGGAGGAUAUUCUGGCCUUUGAGGCCCGAAAGAAGAGAUCCUUGUCAUUUUUCAGUAGGAGGGUACCUGAGAAACCUCCAGUUGGUGUUCCAAAUUCUGCAUCUCAAGAGAAGCUGCUGGACAUAUCCAAAAAGUACCGUAGUAUUCGUCCCAAGCCGGUACUGGUAAUGGAAACCGCUAUUCCACAACUUGUACCGCUUCCUUCUUUGUCAACACCAGACAACCCUGAUCAGGAGCUAUUAUUAGGACAGCAGAUAUCAGGAAAAAUAUUGAGUGCUCCCCAGUCUUCACAAGCUACUGAUCAGCAGCCCAUGGCAGAUUGUAAAGGUGGUGGAGGUGUGAUUUACACAAGUCGUCCACUGUACCGAUGUCCUACCUGCAGCAGGUGUUUCCAGUUCAAGCAUCACUUGCAGAGCCACAUGAACAGCCACAGUAACCUGCGGCCCUAUGUCUGCCCAGUAUGCAGGAAGGCCUAUGCUCACUCGGGCAGUCUUAGCACUCAUAUGAAACUGCACCAUGUGGAAAGCAGGCCCCGGAAGAGCCUUUGCUGUGAAUUCUGCGAUAAGUCAUUUGGCUAUGUGGGUGUCUACUUCAGCCAUUUGAGAGAGGUGCACCGGGUAAUACUCACUGUUGAGCCAUCCAUCAGUCAACAUGAAGAAAACAUGUCUGUAGAAGAGUCUUCAGAUGCUGAUGAACAGGCCUCGGAACAGCGUGUCGACCCAGUCGAGCUACAAAUUAAGUGUGGGCGCUGCCAGGCCAUCACACCUACCUUUGCUGACAUGAAGCUGCAUUUGUUGUACGUGCACGGAGAGGAGGUCCAGGUCCGACCGAGGGAUGGGGUCAUGCGUGGGGGCCGUGAAGCAGAGGAUGAGCUGGUCAAACAUGCAGCACAUUACUGGAGGCAACUCAAUGAGAAACGCAACCUAGUGCACUGUGGCACCUGCAAUGAGGAGUUCUUCUCCUUUUCCAAGUUCAAAUGCCACCUGCAUUCUCACCAUCAAGGAGCUAGAGAGAGUCGAGAAGAGGAGGAGGAGGAAGAAGAGGUAGGUAAGGAGGGCCAUGUAUUAAGGGGCCUCAAUAAAGGUAUAUCCCUGAGGGUGGGAGCUCACUUUAACUGCAUCCUUUGCAGUAAGGUGUUUAAUAAGAGACCAGAAGUUAUUGAGCAUUGGAGGGCACAGCACAACUGUGAAAAUCCCACCCUUCUUUGGGAUGUCCUGGACUUCAAAGGGGAGAACAAGCCUACUGAUGGGCCAAAUUAACUGCAAAUGGGUAAUUUAUUAUUUGCUUCACGUGUCGAUUGUGUGGUUUAUGCAGAAAAAAAAUCCACUAAUAGACUAUGUUGUUGUUGAUGUUUUCUUUUGCACUGUUUUUAAUAUCACAAAUGUUGUUUUGUAAUGCUCGAAUUUUGUUAAGUUUAUUUGUUUUAUUUUUGGUCUUUUUUUCUUUAACGUUUUAAUGUUUUAUGCAUAAAAGCAUUAUAAAAUAAUCCAUAACAUUCAAAUUACAAACCUCAAAUUCUAUCAAAAACAUUACCAUGGCCCAGCUGUAGAUGUAAUACAACUGCCAGAAAAUGAAAGACCCAAGGAUGAUAAUCAUAAUUUUUAAGGUUUGUGGAGACAUAGUGUGCUAAUAACUGCUUCAACUAAAGUGAAUCAGGUGAAACAGACUAACAAAGGCUCAUCAAACACAUUGGCACUCAGACAAAUUGAAAAUUUGCAGUAGACUGAAUACAAAUGGGUCAUGAUUAGCAUGCUUGAAAUAACAUAUCAAAGAACAUUCAAAGUAAUACGAAUUAUCAGUGACAUUCCACAAACACAUAACCAUAAUCACACAGUUUCAGUCCUCAUUCCACCACUAAAAUAAAUACUGCCGGAAAACCUCUGCUGACAGUCACUUUUCAAUCCAAGACAAACAGGUCCACUAAUAAAUAUUUAAAAUAUCCCUGAGAAUAUAAAACUCAAUUUGGCCAAUCUUCAACUGUUAGGUUUAGAAUGAAUGCGUGUGUGUGUGUGUGUGUGUCAUAAAUAUUCUGUGUUGUAUUUUUGGAUGGAAAUGUUAUAUAUUUAAAAGAAUUUUCCAUGGUGAAAUGUGUGGUCCUUAAUUUAUAUUAUCAGUCUAUUCCAACAUAUUUGUUUUUCCGUUCAUAAAAAAUAUUUCAGGGUAAAGGAAUGUUAAAAACCCUCUCAAUUGUUAUAUAUGUAUACUUGUAUAGAUAGAUUAAAAAUAUAUAUAUAAACAAUACUAUAUACAAGCUGUAUAUUGAAAAUAUAUAUUUACACAAAGACUUCCCCCUCCU